GUUCGGCCGCUCCAGCAAUGACGGGUGCCAUUUGUUCAUUUUGCUGACAUUUGAGCACCUUAGAACGUUUUUGUGAUGUUUUGUGACCGAAAGCCAUCACGUAUGAACCAUCAAAAGCUUGUGACGCAUGCGUGUAAACAUCCAUUUUACUUCAGCGUAAUGAGCCCACGUGAGUGGAAUUUAUAACAGAAAUGAUUAUAGUUCUUAAUAAUGUGAUGAUAAAUGUAGACAGCCGGGAGCGGCCAUCGUGUUAUGAUGUUGGACGCCAAACAAUGCAGUCUAUGUCCAGGCAGAAAAGUGCAGAAAAGAAUGAAAAACUUUGUCAAGAUGAGGUGGUGGUCAAAGAGAUGUGCAUGGCCAAUGGACUGUCCUAUGCUGACCUAGCUGAAGAGGGACCUGGCGUCACUUUCUUGGAGAUCAUCUUGAGUGGUUUUCCACGGAUGGUUGGCCUUUUCUGCUUCCCGAAGCUCCGCCAACUCAAUAUCGUGGGCCAGGAUGUAAAGCGCAUUGAGGGUCUUGAAAGCCUCCCUUUACUUGAAGAGCUCUGGGUGGUCCAGUGUAAACUGACUAAAAUAUCUGGACUCCAGCAUUGUCUUGAGCUGAAAAAACUCUUCUUGUAUGAUAAUAAAAUCAAUGAAAUAAAGAAUUUAAAAUUGCUUGUCAACAUGGAAGUCUUGUGGCUCAACAAUAACUACAUAUCUCAGAUACAGGGCUUGAAGGAUCUUCAGAAGCUCCAAGAACUAAACCUUGCUGACAAUUAUAUUCAAAGGAUUGGGGACGGCCUUGACAACAAUGUCAACCUUCACAGUCUCAAUCUGUCCGGGAACAAGAUCAGUUCCUUCAAGGAGCUGACCCAGCUAACCCGCCUGUCCCAACUGAGAGAACUGGCGCUGAGCGACUUCACGUCAACCCCAAACCCAGUGUGUCGGCUGUGUAACUAUGCCACACACGUCCUGUACCACCUGCCUUCACUUUUGUUUCUCGAUACCUAUGAUGUCUCAAGUAUGCAAGUCAAGGAAGCGGCAGAGUCCACUGUAAUGAAGAAGAUGAUGUUUUACAACAUGCGCGUACGCACUGCUCAGAAAAAUCUGGCAGAGAGUAGGCUGCAGCUCCUGGAGAAGAAAAAUACCUCCUUGGAGUCAUCCAGAGAAAGCAUCCGGUCACUCAAUUACACCUUAAAAAAUCUUGAACGCGAGCUUUGGAAGAAGUCUUUAGAGGAUGGAUCGAGUCACACAGAGGAUGAUUUCAGUGAGGAAAUUGACACAACUUUUGACAUCAGCUGUGAACCUCCCUUAGAGGAAAUAAUCCAGAAAAAAAUCGAAAAGCUGAAGAAGAGACUUGUUCUUUGGACCAGGAGGCUGCAUGAAACUGAAAGCUGGUAUCAACAUAAUCUGGCCCAAGCAACAUGCAUGAUGGAGGAUACUGUGCAGUUUCUGUUGACAGAGCUCCAAAGUGUCGGAAAUAUUCGUUUGGAGGAAGGCAGUGCCACAGACCCAUGGUUCAAUUCUUGUGGUGACCUGCUGCUCUCUCGCUUCUCUGGCUCGGAGUACAUGAGUCUUGGUAUCCUCGGCAUUAAGAUCAACAGAGUUAUCCGUAUUCACAACAGUGUGCUGAGGCUUCGCUUUAAGGAGAAACUUCAUUCCCUGCUGGCCAGGGGGGACUUGGCUGCCUUUACACAGAAUCAUAAGCAUUUGCUUGAGCACUUGUUCUACAUAGCUGACCCAGAACAAAACACAGAUGAUAUUGUGGGCAUCCUUGAAGAAGGCUUCAAAACAGCAAAAGAAUAUAAGUCAGUGGGAAAAGAAGCCGCAGUGCCUUUAUCCAACAGCCUGAUUGUGAGUGAACAGCCGAGAAUUGAAUAUUUUCUAGCUAAGCAAGGGUGCCCCAAGAGGAGAACGGAUAAAAUCCCCUUCAGAUAUGGUAAGGUUAUUGUCUCCAAAGUGUUUCUGGGACACAGCAAGCCCAUCAGAGAGGGACAACCUGUGCACAGAAGAACAUAUCCCAGAGCGUCUUCUGUUUAUCGCUAUGUAGACACCAAGCAUCAAGGUAGAGCACACUGUGGCUCUCAAAGCAUUCCCAGAGCAAAACAGUGGUUUGUCUUUGAUCAUGACCUUGUCCUGCCUGAGUACAUCAUUAGUUUUGAAUACAUCACAGGGGGCAAUGAACAGCUUCUGUCAAUGGGCUGCAGCAUAUAUGGUCAAGACCCUCCCACCUAUGACACCUUAAUGGACAAACAAGCUCUCGACAUGGAGCCUGCACUGGAACCUUGCACCAAGUUGUCCAAUUUGGAUGAGACAAUACUCUUAAAUGUGUCCAGAGCCAGUGUCCUCUGUGAGAUAACUGUGCUGAACCUUCACAACAACAGUUUGGGUGACAUAAAGGUGAUUUCCUCCCUUCACGCUCUACGCCAUCUCACCAUCAGCUUCAAUGAGCUUACCAGCCUCAGUGACAUUGCUCACCUGCCUAACCUUGAGUUUUUGGAUGCCAGCUACAACCAGCUAGUGAGCCUUGAAGGCCUGUGUGGAUUAGAGCAGCUCAGACAUCUUGAUGUGAGCUGUAACAAGCUGACCAAUGCCAGCAAAGAUUCAGCUGUGCUCAGAGAACACACACCUGCCCUGCUGACUCUAGAAACGCAACACAACCCAUGGAGCAAGCCAGAGGAAGUCCGAAUGACCAUCCUGAGCCAUCUGACUACUCUCAAACACCUGGAUGACAUACUGGUUACACAGGAGGAAACUGCUGAUGCUGUUCAAAAGACUGCAAGAGCCACUAUUAACCAGGAAUCUCUUGUUUCUUGCUCACAUUCUGACAAUGAACGUCCUCGUUAUCUCAGCCUGCUGCCAACAACGCAGCUCCUUUCCGAACGCAGUCCCUCACCUUGGUGCCUCAGCCAAGACCUGGAGCCAGACUGGACUACAAAGAUCACCGCUCUAAACCUUGACAACCAGAAGAUUUGUAGGAUGAGCCAUCUGGAUACCUUGGUCAACCUUCGCUGGGCCUCAUUUAAUAAUAAUUACAUCUCUGAAGUCGAGGGCUUGGACUGCUGCACCAAGCUGGAGGACCUAUCCCUCAAUAACAACAACAUCAGCUCGUUUAGCGGGCUCUCAAAACUACAGUGUCUAAACAAACUCAGCAUGGAUGGUAAUCAGUUGUCCAGUCUGGAUACUUCGAUCCUCGACGAGCUACAGAACUUGACUUUUCUGGCUGUGGAGAACAACUGCAUCACUUCCCUCUAUGGCAUCCACAGAGUCUGCGCCCUUCUAGAGCUCUAUGUUGGCAACAACCAGAUUUCUGUGUCUAGGGACAUAUACUAUCUCAAGGGAUUGGCAAGCCUCGUCAUCUUGGAUCUUUAUGGGAAUCCUUUGUGUGAGAGCUUAAAGAACUAUCGCAUAUAUGUGGUGUUCCACCUGCCGUCUCUUAAGGCCCUGGAUGGAACGGCAGUGGAUGCAGCUGAAUGUGAAAAUGCAAAGGCUACGUUUGGAGGACGGCUUACACCAGACUUAGUCGCAGAGAAACUGGGCCACUCAAACUAUGCCAACAUCACCAACCUCAAUCUGAUGUCCUGCUCCAUUAGGAGUGUGGACCUGUCUCCAACAGACCUGUUCUGUAAUCUACAGAGUGUCAACUUGGAUCACAACAGCCUCACUUUCUUCUCAGGCCUCAUCCACCUGCCCAGCAUCAAAGUUUUGUAUUUAAACUACAACCGCAUUGAGUCCAUCCUGCCCAGGCAGAAGACCUUUCUGACAAACAGACAGAUGUUACACAAUAAAGUGCACUCCAGUGGCUAUGGCCAACAGAGCUUAUGCAAAGGAAAUAGGCACAUCGCACAGACUGUCAGCCUGGAGCCUCUGAUGAGCAGCCUGGAGGUGCUGCAUUUGAGUUACAAUGGCAUCUCCAAUAUGGCCAAUCUGGAGCUCAGCAGGCUCACCAAUCUGAAAACGCUCUUCCUUCAAGGGAACGAGAUCAGCCAGGUAGAAGGCUUGGAGGGUCUCCACCAGCUCCGGGAGCUUGUGUUAGACAGGAACCGGAUAAGGGCGCUGUACGAGAACUCUUUCAUUUCCCAGAAUGUCCUGCUGGAAUUGCACCUAACAGAGAAUCGCAUCCGAGAGCUCAACCAUCUCUAUCCACUCACUGAGCUCCGCAAGCUUUACCUUGGGAUGAACAAGCUACAGGACAUCACAGAGCUUGAUAAACUUGAGGUUCUUCCCUCGCUGACGGAGCUCUCUGUUGUUGGCAAUCCGGUGGCUCGCAAUUCCCUCCACAGGCCAGCAGUAAUGCGUAGUCUAUCCCAGUUGCAGAUUUUGGAUGGCAUGAUGGUUACAGUCGAGGAGAGAAGCAGAGCUGAAAUUACAGACACGACAGAUACUCUUGUGUGUGGAGCAACGAGCAACCAAAUCACCAAUCCACUGCCCAGACUGUGGAUGAAGUGGACACACACUGGUGACAGUAGUGGAGAACGACAAACACAAUGUGAUGAGUGCUGGAGCAGUUCUAGCCUUGAGACAAACCUGCCUGGACUGAUGACCUAUAUGCCCGUCAGAGGAAUGACCAUGACUGGACUGCAGAACCUCAUUCACGGCCAUGACAUGCUCCCAAGUAUCAGGGAAGAAACCCAAUACACACCCAAGUACAAGAGGCACAUAGACAGAAAUCCUCCUCCAAGCAUCCAUGCCGACAUGACCUCCAGACAGUCCCGAAGAGCAAGAAACAACAUGAUAGCUGCAUGUCCCCUUCCCCAUGGGAAGAAAGAGCAAUCCUACUACCAUGCAGGAACAAAAUACCAGGUUGACGAAUCUUAACAUUCUAUAAAUGUGAUUCUUAUACUGGGACAAUAUGUUUAAAGGGUUGCAUUGAUCUCAAUGGAACUCGGUGUUAAAAAAAAACCCUGUAAAACAGGUCUCACUUUGAAAUGCGCAAACCUCAUUAUCUGACGCGUUGGCAUCGUUUAACACGAGAAUACAACACUGUAACAACAUUUAUAGGUCAGAAAAGAGGAAAAGCAUAAUAGGUCCACUUUAAAAAAGAUACACAUGUCCAAAAGUCUUUGGACAUCAACAACAGUACUUUAUGAAUUCACCACAAUGGGUUUGAAAUAUGUGACUGAAGUGUAGACUUCAUUGAAGAUGUUUCAACAAACCACUAUUACUACUACUGCUACUACUAUUACUAUUCAGGAAUUACAUUUUAUGCACCAGUACAUCUGUCUUCAAGGGCUCAAAGGUAUUAGUACAACUAACACAUUACAAGAGCUUUUGGAUCGUCAGAUGUUGUUGUGGUGAGUCUGCAUUUUGUCUCUCCUUGCAUAUUCUUUUAUGUCUUGAACUUGAAGCCAUGACUUUGUAUUUUAGAUCCUGUGCGUCCAUACCUUGGAAUUAAACCUUUUUAAGCAACAUUCCACUGCUGCCUUAUGGCUUCCCUGCACUUGGGUCCAACACUCCUGGCCCCCACAUCCCGACCGUGUCACCCCGCAUAUAUUCCCAAUCUGUUGUCCUCACAUUCUCUGUGAGCAAAUUCCCCUUUUUCUGUCACUUGGGCUGACCUCUGACCUGUACUCGGCACCCGUUUGGCCAUCUACACUGGUCCACCACAUGGUGGCUGAUGAGUUUGUCCAAAUACUGUCGGCCGUGGUCAUGGUCACACCCAGUCUGUCUUACCUCCUGUGUCUGUCUCCCCAUCACAUUCUUUGAAGGUCUGUUCACCUGAUCCUGGGCCUAGCUUUGUAGCAUCUCCCCAAAUAGCUUUACCAGUUAGCAAUGAGGCUUCAACAACUCAAAGGCAGCAGCCUGAUGGCACACACCUCCCAGUGACCACGACUAACCAGCCAAAUGGCUACCCACUCAUGUAAGCAAUGUUGGACUACUACAAGCAGUAUAAGCCCAAGGUUGAUUCGCCUCUGGAAGAAGCGCCACGCCAGGUCAAGGUCAAGUUACCUCCAACUCCGGUGCCACAUCAGGCCAAGUUACCUCCUGUUCCUGCUUCACGCCAAGUAAAGGUCCGGUCACCACCUGAUCCCAGUGCAAGUUCAAGGUCGGAUCCCUCCGGCUCAAGCGCAAGGUCAGGUCACCUCCAACUCCUGAGGUUGAAGGAGAGGGAGAGGACAAAGCACCUCCAGUUACUGUCACAGCAGUGUUGUCGCAGAAGCUAACGUUAGAUUAGCCCAAAUGUUACUAAAUGUUAACAGCAACAUUACAUUCAUUUCAGAGCAUGUGUCAAGUGUUUGUGGACUUGUAGACUAUUCUAUUCCACCACACUGUAGUCAUUACAUUCUUCAUAUACAGUGUUUAUGAUAAACACACUUACCCCAUCCGACGCUAAUUCGACGAUGGAACAGGCGUCAAUUUGGUGAGGAAAGAGGUAAUGGGGGCGGAGUUACCUCGAAAGCAACCAAUCACAGGCAGCUCUGUGCUUCAGGUGGGUCCCUCCUCAAAUAGCCAGAAUUCAGUUUUAAGACGGCUGCAGAAUUGGACAACCAUGCGUGGAAAAGCACCAAACGCGCGUGAUGUGUACUCCGUGGCAAUAUGUAGAGCUUGUGGUCAUUACAUCUGCAUGUGGGACAUAGAAAGUUUGCUUGGAGCAUAUUCUACUCUCUCAGCUCCAUGGCCACCCAAGACGCGCUCUUGCUCACCUGCGCACAACGACUUUGCUGGGCUUGCCGUCCCGGCCGUCACUUGAAGGAGUUGCGUCGCCACCAGUGGGUGUGCCGUCGCCGCUGGGUUUCAACGCAGCCGUCUCAGUCGUCUCCCUCACUUCUUCAGAGGGUUCCUCCUCCUGUUUCUGUUUGGACAGACUUUUGUUUCUUUGACUCUCUUCCAGGCCUCCCUCCGCCCACCCUGUCUCAUUUUGGAACGUUUGGGCUUUUUUAUUUAGUUUUUGGGAUGUCUUAAAUCCGUCCCUUGGGGGGGAGGGUACAAGUUCUGUUGUUUGUACUGUCUGUGACCUUGUUGGCGUGCUUGGAUCCUGUGUCUUGCACGGUUCCUCCAAUCAGCUCUCUCCUCCCUCUUGUGUCUAACCCAGGUGUGUCUUGUUGUGUAAUUAGUGUGUUUCGUUCCCACUUUCCUGUCUUGGCUAUGUCGCAUCAUCAUGUCUUUGCAGUGAGUCUGCGUUAGUUUUGUUGCUCCUUGCAUGGUUUUUUGUGUUUUGAACUUCAAGCUGUAAUUUUAGUAUUUUGGAUCUUGUGUUUCCGU